GCCUGGGGAUACCAACGAGAGAGCGCAGAGGGCACCGUCUGGCAACAAUAAGACUUCGGUCAAGGCAUGCGUCGAGGAGGACCAUGUAUACCAUCCGGGCAGUGGUGACCCGGGAUUUGCCGCGACGACCCUAUUCAGAUCCCAUCAUUCCCGACCCCACAAGCAGCCUAAGAUCCCUUUCUUUGGCAGAUGCUGACCCUAGAGGCAACGAACCAAUCGAUGUAGAGGUAGGGGCCGAUGCCUACGCCCACCUCCGGAGGAGUGGUGUUGUACAACCCGGAUUGGGAGCCGUCUUCGCCCAGGAGACAGAUUGGGGAUACGUGUUCGUCGGCCCAGUCACCUCACAGGCAAGAAACCAGGAUUAAAAAGAUACAAAGUGACACAAUAACAACCGACUCAAAAACCAAAUCUACACUCGACCCACAAUUGCAACAUCACAACAACCAUAAGUGCGGGACACAACAUACAACACCAACUAAUUCUAAUAUUGCAAACCCCCCACCUGUUAAAUACAAUGUCUAUCUACUACAAUCAACUAUACUCAUAAUUUAAAUUUUAAUCUACUUACUACUGCUACUUAAAUCUAUGAAUUGUGCUAUCUAAACCUAAAUAUUUGCUACUUAAACACUACGAUCUACUUAUAACUAAUGAAUUUAAAUAAC